AUGAUUGUUCACAAAAUGGCGUUCUUGGCCGCUAUUCUCAUAUUCUUUUUGACAAGCAGCGUUCCCGUUCACAGCCGCGAAACGUUUGCUUGCGAUACAAAAGACGCAGCAACAAAAACGCUGAGAUUCUGCCAGCUGUCAGUUCCGAUACCGGAGAGAGUGAGGGAUUUGAUCGGACGGCUAACGUUGGCCGAGAAAGUGAGCUUGUUAGGUAACACUGCGACGGCGAUUCCACGGUUAGGAAUCAAAGGUUACGAGUGGUGGUCGGAAGCAUUACAUGGCGUUUCAAAUGUGGGUCCCGGUACAAAGUUCGGUGGGGUCUACCCUGCAGCCACCAGUUUCCCUCAAGUCAUCACAACCGUUGCUUCUUUCAAUGCCUCCUUGUGGGAAUCCAUCGGACGGGUUGUGUCAAAUGAGGCCAGGGCCAUGUAUAACGGUGGAGUUGGUGGGCUUACUUACUGGAGCCCAAACGUUAACAUAUUGCGGGACCCACGCUGGGGACGUGGACAGGAAACUCCCGGUGAAGAUCCAGUCGUAGCCGGUAAAUACGCCGCGAGCUACGUACGAGGUUUACAGGGAAACGACCGUAGCCGGUUGAAAGUCGCCGCUUGUUGCAAACAUUUCACCGCUUACGAUCUCGAUAACUGGAACGGCGUAAGCAAGCAAGAUAUAGAAGACACGUACGACGUUCCGUUCCGUAUGUGUGUGAAAGAAGGAAACGUUGCGAGCAUUAUGUGUUCUUACAACCAAGUUAACGGCGUUCCGACAUGUGCCGAUCCUAAUCUCCUGAAGAAGACCAUACGCAACCAAUGGGGUCUAAACGGAUACAUCGUCUCCGAUUGUGAUUCUGUUGGUGUUCUGUACGAUACACAACAUUACACUGGUACUCCUGAAGAAGCAGCUGCCAAAUCCAUCAAAGCUGGCUUGGAUUUGGAUUGUGGGCCAUUUCUAGGAGCCCAUACAAUAGAUGCGGUGAAGAAAAACCUAUUGCGUGAGUCAGACAUCGACAAUGCCGUAGUCAAUACGUUAACAGUACAAAUGAGACUAGGUAUGUUCGAUGGUGAUAUAGUGGCUCAACCGUACGGACACCUUGGACCGGCACAUGUCUGUACACCGGUUCACAAAGGACUAGCUCUCGAAGCAGCACAUCAAGGAAUCGUCCUUCUCAAGAAUCGCGGCCCGUCUCUACCUCUCUCGCGACUCCAUCACCGAACCGUCGCUGUAAUCGGACCGAAUUCCGACGCGACAGUCGCAAUGAUUGGUAAUUACGCAGGGAUUGCUUGUGGAUAUACCAGUCCGGUUCAAGGAAUAGCAGGUUAUGCACGAACGGUUCACAAUGAGGGUUGCGCGGACGUGCAUUGCAUCGACGAUAGAUUGUUCGAUGGCGCGGUUGAAGCGGCCCGUGGAGCUGAUGCAACGGUUCUUGUGAUGGGUUUGGAUCAAUCUAUUGAAGCUGAGUUUAAAGACAGAAACAGUUUGCUUUUACCUGGGAAACAACAAGAGCUUAUCUCUAGAGUUGCUCGGGCCUCUAAAGGCCCAGUUAUUCUAGUCUUGAUGUCUGGUGGGCCUAUAGAUGUAUCUUUCGCAGAGAAAGAUCCGAAGGUUUCGGCUAUUGUUUGGGCCGGGUAUCCGGGUCAGGAAGGCGGAACGGCAAUCGCCGAUAUAUUAUUCGGCAGUGCUAAUCCCGGAGGAAAGCUCCCGAUGACUUGGUAUCCGCAAGAUUAUUUGACGAAUUUACCGAUGACGGAAAUGUCGAUGAGACCGAUCAAAUCGAAGCAGAUUCCGGGUCGGACUUACCGGUUUUAUGAUGGUCCGGUUGUUUACCCGUUCGGACAUGGUUUGAGUUACACGCGCUUCACUCACAGCAUCGCCGACGCGCCUAAAGUGAUACCUAUAGCUGUUCGUGGUAGAAACGGUACCGUUUCAGGGGCCAUACGUGUAACGCACGCUAGGUGUAACCGUCUCUCACUCGGAGUCCACGUGGAUAUUACGAACGUAGGAUCGAGAGAUGGGACCCAUACCAUGCUUGUUUUCUCAGCUCCGCCAGGUGGAGAGUGGGCCCCGAAAAAACAGUUGGUUGCUUUUGAGAGAGUACACGUGGCGGCUGGUGAGAAGAAGCGUGUGCAAGUGAAUAUACACGUGUGUAAGUAUUUAAGUGUAGUGGAUCGUGCUGGGAUCCGAAGGAUUCCGAUUGGUGAUCAUGGGAUUCAUAUUGGAGAUGAGACUCAUACAGUGUCGCUUCAUGCUUCCACUCUUGGAGUCAUCAAGUCUUGA